AUGUCACGUUUGGGUCUCAGGAACCGAUCCAUCGAUCAAUUGGUCUCAAAAGACUUGUUGAAUGAAUUGAGUGGUAAUGUGAGGAAGAAUUGCAGACAAUUUGAGUCAAUUGUGGACAGAAAUGGUCGCAAACAGACCACAAGAAGUGGUCAUCAAAACCACCGAAAUAGAAAGACUUCGAUGAAUAGGUCUGAAGUGAUGGACAGGUCUUAUAUGGUAUACGAAGGCAUUCACAAUCACAUCAUCGAUGGAAUACGGGUUAAUAAAAGGGAUAUAACUAAUGAAGAGUUUAUUAACGAUAAUAUAAUGAUUGAUCCAAUUAUUGGCCAAAUAAAUGAAAACAAAGUCAUCGAUAAACCUGUGAAUGAAAGUAAAGUGAUUAACAAUAAACCAUUUGUAGCCAAACCUCCGCUUAACGAUAAUUUAAGACAAAAUUUGAGCCAACGAUCGAAAGAGCGUAAAGUGCCGGCCAAUAGAGUGAGUCGUAUGGCUUCAUUCGGCAGUUUAGCCGUUGGUCUCGGAUUCGGUGCACUCGAAGAGAUCACCAAAAAGACGUUAGGAUUUUCAUCCGAAAGAAGCUCUAUUUUUGAGAGAGUCAGACAAUCGGCAGACUUUAUGCCCGUCCGACAGAUGAGGAAAGUAUUGAGAGAAGAGUUGGGCGACGAUUGGGAGUCAAAGUUCAAGAGUUUUGAUGACAAACCGUUUGCCGCGGCGUCUAUAGGACAGGUUCACAGAGCGACACUUCCCGAUGGACUCGAAGUGGCCGUUAAAAUACAAUACCCGGGAGUGGCCGACGGUAUUGAGAGUGAUAUCAAAAAUAUGUUAUCAGUGCUUAGGUUUGGCAACAUUUUGCCCGAAGGCUUGUUUGUAGAGAAUAUAAUGCGUUACGCGAGGAAAGAGUUGAGUUGGGAAGUGGACUACAAUAGGGAGGCGUUGUGUCAACACAAAUACCGACAACUGUUAAGCACUCGUUUGAAUAAUAAGGGAUUAUAUGUGCCUAAAGUUAUCGACCAAUUGUCCACUAAAAGAGUGUUCACUUCCGAACUGAUUAGCGGAAUACCUGUCGACAGACUCGAGAAAAUGGAUUCAAUUCCUCAAGAGUUGAAGAAUAGAAUUGCAAAACAAUUACUGGAUUUGACUCUCAGAGAAGUGUUUGAGUUUGGAUUCAUGCAAACUGAUCCCAAUUGGUCCAACUUCUUCUACGACAUCGAUUCAGAUAUGAUCUCACUUCUGGACUUUGGUUCAAGUCGUGAGUACAGCAAAGAGUUUGUCAACAGUUAUAUGGAUGUGAUUAGAGCGGCGGCCGAUCAGGACAGAGACCGAGUGGUCGAGACCUCUAAGAAAAUCGGUUUUCUCACGGGAUAUGAGAAUCAAAUCUUCGAGAGAACGCAUACCAACGCUAUCAUGAUUUUGGGCGAAGCCUUCGCCGCAAACGGUUUGUUUGAUUUCGGAGACCAGAAGACAACGAUUGCGUAG